AUGCGGCGACGCAGGGACACCUGCGCUCCCCUGCGUGCCUCACUCGUGCAGCUCCGGGUGGCAAACGGGGUAAACCCUUUCCUUCCGCUCGCCGCUGCGACCUGCGGUGACCGCGGCCGCGUCCGGGUCCGUCCCCCGGCGCAGCGCACGGGGCCGAACCAGGCACGUGGCAGCCGCGGCCGUGGCGGCCGCUUUUCCGAAAAGAUGAAAUCAUUGCAGGGCAGUGAACGCUGCUCCCGACCCGGGGUAACGCUUGGAAGGGAUAGGAAUUCGGAAUCAGGACAUGCUGUUGAAGAUCCUGGUGGUUUUUUUGAGAACCUUAUUAACUACAAAGGCUUCUUCCGCUUCUCUUCCCGGGUCGUGCGGAUACCUGCCCCUAGCAGUACCUUCUUCCGCCAGCAGCAAGGAAGAAAGGGCAGGCACCUGGAUGAUGAUGGAUUGCCACACGGGUUCUGCACAGUCACCUACUCCUCCACGGACAGAUUCGAGGGGAACUUUGUUCACGGAGAGAAGAAUGGACGGGGAAAGUUCUUCUUCUUUGAUGGCAGCACCCUGGAGGGAUAUUAUGUGGACGAUGCCCUACAGGGCCAGGGCGUGUACACUUACGAGGACGGAGGCGUUCUCCAGGGCACGUAUGUAGACGGAGAGUUGAAUGGUCCCGCCCAGGAGUACGACACGGAUGGGAGACUGAUCUUCAAGGGGCAAUACAAAGAUAACAUUCGGCAUGGAGUCUGCUGGAUAUACUACCCAGAUGGAGGCAGCCUUGUGGGAGAAGUAAAUGAAGACGGGGAGAUGACAGGCGAGAAGAUAGCGUACGUGUACCCUGACGAGAGGACCGCACUUUAUGGAAAAUUCAUCGAUGGAGAGAUGAUAGAGGGAAAGCUGGCUACCCUUAUGUCCACUGAAGAAGGAAGGCCUCACUUUGAACUGAUGCCUGGAAGUUCGGUGUACCACUUUGAUAAAUCGACUUCAUCUUGCAUUUCUACCAAUGCUCUUCUUCCAGAUCCAUAUGAAUCAGAGAGGGUUUAUGUUGCUGAAUCUCUCAUUUCCAGUGCUGGAGAAGGACUGUUUUCCAAGGUAGCAGUGGGACCUAAUACUGUUAUGUCUUUUUAUAAUGGAGUUCGAAUUACACACCAAGAGGUUGACAGCAGGGACUGGGCCCUUAAUGGGAAUACCCUCUCCCUCGAUGAAGAAACGGUCAUUGAUGUGCCUGAGCCCUACAACCAUGUAUCCAAGUACUGUGCCUCCUUGGGACACAAGGCAAAUCACUCCUUCACUCCAAACUGCAUCUACGACAUGUUUGUCCACCCCCGCUUUGGGCCCAUCAAAUGCAUCCGCACACUCCGAGCCGUGGAGGCUGAUGAGGAACUCACCGUUGCCUACGGCUAUGACCACAGUCCCCCGGGGAAGAGCGGGCCUGAAGCCCCUGAGUGGUACCAGGUGGAGCUAAAGGCCUUCCAGGCCACCCAGCAGAAGUGA